AGAAAAUAUCUCACAAUAUCUAUAACAAAGAAGCUGUUGUGAAAAUACGUCUCAUAUAAAGCAAGUUAUAGCUAAUGAUAUCAGGGUAGGCAAGUGUUUCUCUAUAGACUUGUACUGAGUUGGUCCUUUCCAAUAUGGCGGACGCGUUGUCGUGUCGCGGUAGUUAGCAACAGGGGCUAAUGAGGCGUCCUAGCAAAACAGCGAACUAGCCUAGCGUGCGACUGACGCACGUGAGCCGUUGCCAAGGAGACGUUACUGUAUUGGCAACUUGAAUGACGCCACCGAAAAUGUCCGCGUGCGUAAUUUUAUCACCCAGCGACAGAAUAAAGCUUAAGAAGGAAACAUGCAUGUGAUAAGACCAAAAUCCGCCAAAGGACGCACCAGACCCAAAGUGACCGAGGCCCGUACUGCAGAUGAUGAGCUUCUACAUGAGAAUCGUCCGUUUUCCCCACACCCUCCUUCUCAUCCUCCUCGUCCUCCACCCACGCCAAGCCACACACCAAGCCACAGGUUGGAGUCGUCUCCAUCCCCCCGUGCUUUCUUUAGGCACGACAAUCCGAGUUCAGCAGUUGAGAAAGCCCUUGACAUCCCGGUGUUGUCGCUAAACAAAUACAAAGUCCUCCCGUCUAUCGAGAAGAGAUCAAAAGAAGAGGCGUCCAGCUCAGACAUGGAGGAAAAGUCCUCGAGGUCUAGACUCCAUGCCUGUCGUUUCUUCAGGAGCGAUCAGGAGACGGAGAGGGCGUCUAGCAGGACUGUCAGGUCGACGUCUUGGUGCCAGGAGGGUGAGACAGGGGUUCUGCUUGCUCUCCGGACUCCGUGCGGUCAGAGGCUGAAGUGCCAGUUCCAACCCACAGACACACUCCGGGAUGUCGUCGCUACAGCGGAGGACCAAUCCGGAAAACGGUACGAACACGUUCUGAUCGAGACCAUGGAGGUUCCUCGGAGGAGCUUCACCAAUCUGAACAUGACUCUCUCUCAGUGUGGCAUCAUUAAUAAAUCAGUCUUAUGCAUCAGCCUCAAAGACAGUCCUUAACAUUUCAAAAACAAUUUAUCUUUAAUAAUAAAUAGUGGAGAAUAUUGGUUUUAUUCACUGUUGAAAUGAACAGACAUUUGCUUGCACUACAUCACGCCAUCUGCUUACAGUACAACGCCAUGUCUUUUUAAACAGGAUCGCCCCUAACUUUCAGUUAUUUAUUAUUUAUUUUCUCCUAUUUGUGCAAAGUGAACUUGCUUCAACGGGACAUCCUGACAAUGAUCCUUCACCCAAAUAAUAUUUUCAGCAAGCAACCACAGCGCUGUUAAAUUCUCAAAUCUCCUAUAAACAGAAGCUGUGACAGUAGUGCUGUCUGUCAGUCAAAUCACAGGUUUAUAUUCAUGUGCUUGGAUAGUAGACUCACUAAUAACAACACAUGUAAUUGUUGAUAUUUGUUUUGCAUUUAUGGGAGAAGUCUCCACUGUCAGUGCUUUAUAACAGUAAGAGGUGAAGAUGUUCGUUUAAAGGAAAAUGUCAUGGAUAGAGGGCUUUUCAUUUCUUGAUUCACAUAUGUUCCGUGACAUUAAACGUAACAAUAAAUGGAUGUUGUUUUUUAAUAAAUUAAUAAAAGAAAACACUGUAAUUUGUGGCAAAUUGCUGAAGUAUAGGAGGAAUAAAAACUUUGGAAUGUGCUCUUAUAGGAAAAUAAUUAACUUUAGGGUGGUAACAGUAAUUCUGCUUCACACCACCCUGUCGUUGUUUAUUUUCCUAUAACAGCAUGCCCCUAAGUGAUUUCCUUAUUUUAUUACUUAAAAAAAGUGGCCUAUGUUAGAUUUAUCUGAUAAAAUGACCAAUUAAUGUAGAAAUAAGGAUCAUAAUAAUAAUAAUCUGUCAACUCCAUGUUUAUAUAACCACUAAUACAUGCAACUUAGAAGUAAAUAAAAUACUGUGAGAGAAGGUUCCAGUAGGCAGGAAUUUUUAU